CUUCUCCCCGAGGGCAGGAUUAGUCGGGAGCAGGAGAGACAGCGCUCCGGUAAUCUCCCGGUAAUAAAUGGGGGGGAGACGGGCACGUUCUAAAGACUGACGCCCCCUGAGUUCAGUGAAGAAGACCCCCACCAUUCCGCUCCCCUGAAGCAUGAUGGGUCGCUUGGUGUCGCCGCUGCAGCAGAGUGACGCGGCCUGGACAGGUAAACGCAGCAGCAGCUUCACCUGCGAAGCCACGGCGGAGGACAGCGGAGUUCCACAGCGGACACAGUGCUGACACCGACAGGGACGGACACACAGACGCACACAUACACCUCAGUGUACUUGGACCAUGGAGGAGAACCCGGCAGAGUAACUUGGAGCGGCCGACAGUACCCAGAGCCAGACUGACACACAGGAGGGAACGGUGUUCACCAUGACCCGUUAAAUUCCUGCCAUCGAUGCGUUCUGUUUGGAGAGUGGAUUGACCAUCUCCUCACAGCACAGGAGACGAGCAGAGGCCUUUAUUCCUUUUAUUUCUACCUUCAGAUGGACCGAGUGCCCCCGGCACUGGCCGCUAAGAUGCGCUGGAUCACAUUGGUGUUUGCCGGCUUGACUUUCUGGGGCAAAGUGACUAUUUGUAACUGUUUCGACUACGAGGAGCCAGAUUAUGAUUAUUAUGAAGAGGACAGAGCGGAGACUAUUGACUACAAAGAUCCGUGCAAAGCCGCUGUAUUUUGGGGUGACAUCGCCUUAGAUGAGGAGGACCUGCGUAUGUUCCAGAUCGACAGGACGAUAGACCUGACACAGCACACACACAUGCACACACACUCUCGGCAGGGACACACAUCUGGUGGCCUGGAGGAACAUGAAAUUGCAAAGAAGAGAGGGUCGUUAUACCUUCUACUGGAAAGAAUACGAAGAUUUGGCUUAGAAUACCUCCCCAAGAACUUGAGCAAGGGAGCUGCAAGCACUAAGAGCCAAAGUGGGAAAGUUGGGAAGACUGGGAAUGUUGUGAAGAGUCGUUUUCCCCGAGCAGCCACAUCCAGAGCGGAGAGGAUAUGGCCCGGAGGAGUCAUUCCCUACGUCAUAGGAGGAAAUUUCACUGGUAGUCAGAGGGCAAUGUUUAAGCAGGCCAUGCGUCACUGGGAGAAACAGACAUGCGUGACAUUCAUCGAGAAGACAGAUGAGGAAAGCUACAUAGUCUUCACCUACAGACCUUGCGGGUGUUGUUCCUAUGUGGGUCGUCGUGGCAACGGGCCCCAGGCUAUCUCCAUAGGGAAGAACUGUGACAAGUUUGGCAUCGUGGUACAUGAAUUGGGCCACGUCAUUGGCUUCUGGCAUGAGCACACACGGCCUGACCGUGACGAUCAUGUGACCAUCAUCCGGGAUAACAUCCAACCAGGCCAGGAGUAUAACUUCCUCAAGAUGGAGCCAGGGGAAGUCAACUCUCUCGGGGAACCAUAUGAUUUUGAUAGCAUCAUGCAUUAUGCCAGGAACACCUUCUCACGGGGGAUGUUCCUUGACACCAUACUUCCAUCAAGAGAUGAAAACGGGGUACGGCCCGCUAUAGGCCAGCGGACAAGGCUCAGUAAAGGAGACAUUGCACAGGCAAGGAAGCUGUAUAGAUGUCCAGCAUGUGGAGAGACACUCCAAGAGUCAACGGGCAAUUUCUCGUCUCCUGGUUACCCCAACGGAUACCCCUCAUAUACACACUGUGUCUGGAGAAUAUCUGUUACACCCGGAGAAAAGAUUGUUCUUAACUUCACCACCAUGGAUCUAUAUAAAAGUAGCCUCUGUUGGUAUGACUACAUCGAGGUUCGGGAUGGAUACUGGAGGAAAGCUCCAUUACUCGGCAGGUUUUGUGGCGAUAAGGUUCCUGACGUUUUGAUCUCCACCGACAGCCGAAUGUGGAUUGAGUUCCGCAGCAGCAGUAACUGGGUGGGAAAAGGCUUUGCUGCAGUAUAUGAAGCGAUCUGUGGCGGGGAGAUUACCAAGGACUCGGGACAGAUUCAGUCUCCUAAUUAUCCUGAUGACUACAGGCCGUCCAAAGAGUGUGUGUGGAGAAUCACUGUGUCAGAGGGAUACAACGUCGGGCUCAGCUUCCAGGCCUUUGAGAUUGAGAGGCACGACAGCUGUGCGUAUGACUACCUGGAGGUUCGAGAUGGCCCUCUGGAGACAAGCCCUCUGAUUGGUCGAUUCUGUGGCUAUGAUAAACCUGAAGAUGUUCGCUCCACUUCACAUACGCUCUGGAUGAAGUUUGUCUCAGAUGGAACGGUCAACAAAGCAGGCUUUGCUGCUAACUUUUUCAAGGAGGAGGAUGAGUGUGCCAAGCCAGACAAUGGUGGAUGUGAACAGAGGUGUGUAAACACUCUGGGCAGUUUCAAGUGUGCCUGUGACCCCGGCUAUGAACUAGCUCCAGACAAGAAGAGCUGUGAAGCGGCCUGUGGUGGACUUUUGUCAAAGUUAAAUGGCACCAUCAGCACACCUGGUUGGCCUAAAGAGUACCCACCCAACAAGAACUGUGUGUGGCAGGUGGUUGCUCCCACUCAGUACCGCAUCUCUAUGCAGUUUGAGGCCUUUGAGCUGGAGGGAAAUGAGGUGUGUAAAUACGACUACGUGGAGGUGCGCAGUGGACUCUCCUCUGACUCUAAGCUUCAUGGGAAAUACUGUGGCACUGAGGUCCCGGAAGUCAUCACCUCUCAGUACAACAACAUGAGGAUUGAGUUCAAGUCUGACAAUACUGUUUCCAAGAAAGGCUUCAAGGCUCAUUUCUUCUCAGACAAAGAUGAGUGCAGCAAGGACAACGGCGGCUGCCAGCACGAGUGCAUCAACACAGUGGGCUCGUACGUUUGUCAGUGUCGUCAUGGCUUUGUACUGCAUGAGAACAAACAUGACUGUAAGGAAGCUGAGUGUGAGCAUAAGAUCCACAGCCCCAGUGGGACCCUGAGCAGCCCUAACUGGCCGGACAAAUAUCCAAGUCGAAAGGAGUGCACCUGGGACAUCGCAGCUACGCCAGGACACAGAGUCAAGAUUACUUUUGCUGAGUUCGAGAUCGAGCAGCAUCAGGAGUGUGCAUACGACCACCUGGAAGCCUUUGACGGGGACAGUGACACGGCGGCCAUCUUGGGUCGACUGUGUGGCAGUAAAAUCCCAGAGCCUCUGGUUUCCACUGGUAACAAGAUGUACCUUCGCUUCAUCUCUGAUGCCUCUGUACAAAGAAAGGGCUUUCAAGCUGCACACUCCACAGAGUGUGGAGGCCGUCUAAAAGCAGAAGCCCGUCAGAAGAACCUUUAUUCUCAUGCUCAGUUUGGUGACAACAACUACCCAGGUCACACCGACUGCGAGUGGCUGCUAACGGCUGAUCAGGGCUACGGCAUCGAGCUGAGCUUCAUCACAUUUGAGGUAGAGGAGGAGGCUGACUGCGGCUACGACUACAUCGAACUGUACAACGGAUACGACGCCAAUGCUCACAGACUGGGCCGUUUCUGUGGUUCGGGGCCCAGAGAGGGAAUAUACUCGCCAGGUGAUGCCAUGCUGAUCCGAUUCCAUAGCGACGACACAAUCAGCAAGAAAGGCUUCCACAUCCGCUACACGAGCACCAAGUUCCAGGAGAGCCUUCACACGAGGAAAUGACCUCACAGGUAGCCUCAUGACCUCUGACUUCUGUGCAGCCCCUGUGUUACCCUGACCUUCACCAUGGCAACGAGAAAAUAACAGCCCUCCCCCCUUUUUCACGGACCCUACAGACGUACGAGGUCCACCGGCCAGAGGAAGACAACUCUUAACAUGAACAUUUGUCUGGCUGUCAUCGUUCUGCAAGACGGAACCGGACAAACGAUGAGCUAUCAACAAUCCCAAACUCAACACGGGGGGGAAACGCAUGAGGAGCUUCUGUUUGGAGUGCGUUGUUUUCACGUGGAGGCGUUUCAUUUUCUGCACGUCACGCCGCCCUCACCGAGGAAAGAGGGUGGCGGAAGAUUCAAAACGGUUUACUACGACUCUCGCAGUUACAAAAAUGCAAACUUCAGAGUACAAACAAACACUCUUAUCCAGAAUUACGAACUAUGGAUGCUGAAAAAACUAAAGCUGAAAAUGCGUCCAGUGAGGAUUUUCCUGACUCACUGAUCCUUGUUUGACUUACUGUGUUAAGACGGCUGCUUUUACCCACACGAACUGAAAGGAAAGAAACAUUUGAAUUGCCUUUGAUGCCUGGGAACUGGUCUCAGCCCAGCUUAGAACGGCAAAUUUGAUUUUAUUAUUUCACAUCUCAUUGUAAAAUGUUUGCGUUUACUGUGUGUAUGUUUGUGCGUGUGCUUGUGUGUGUGUGUGUGUGUGUGUGUACAGAGAAAAGUACAAACGAAAAGGCUGAACUCCUUCCUUUGCCCUUUUUGCUUAAAGCUUCUGCAGAUCGGGAAAUGGGGGAAAAAAAAUGAACAAAAAGACUUUCUUAAUGACCUGUGAUGUUGCUGUCAAAGCCUUGUGUGUGUCCAUGCUGUUUGAGUUGGACGUCCUGUUUCUUUUUCACACUGAUUAUCAUGUUUUUUUUCUUUCCUCAGUGGAUAUUGGAAGGGAAUAUUUUUUUCACAGCUGUCUCUCAGAGUGACAAAGAUGUGACUGAAGGAGAGAUUCCCAUGGUGCUAAAAAUACACUGAAUGACAGAUCACUACGGAUGGAGAUGUGCAAACAGUGCACUGUAUCAACAGCACUAGUCCUGUGGAACUACAACAUUGCCUUAGAACCAAAAUGUACACUACUGGAGGUCGCUCCUGUGCUCUUGAAUAGGUGUCUUUGAGGUUUUUUGGCAGCAUAUUAUUCAUUUAUUUGAAUAUAUUGAAUGGUUUUAUUGUUUAAAACACAAAAAACAUGGGAAAUAUAGUCUGUGUGUGAGAUAACGUGUCUACAGUGCAUGUGUGUUUGUGUCAUUUUAUAGCUGCUCUCAGAGAUACAUCACAUGUAAAAAAAACAAAACAAAACAAAAAACCCAAACAGAAAAAAAAAAUCACUCCUCAUUUGUGUGCGACCAUAUCUGGAAACUCACUUCCCCUCCUGUAUAUUUGAGAGAAACAUGUUGUCAUUUGGAAGGAAUACCAGACGCAACAAUUCAGUGUUAAAUGCAAAAUGUGUAAAUGUGUGUUUUAGGAGACUGUAGAGAAAUAAUGUGCGUGUAUGUUGUUGUAAGAUGUCUGUUUUUCUGUUGGAUCAUCCAUUACUGUAUGUGCCAAGCUCCAACUGACCCCACCGAUCCACCGUAGUUUUGUUUUGUCACUGUCACCUCUGUGUCUGUAGUUCAGAGACACUGACAUGAUGUCCUUUGCAUUGGUCAUUAAAAUACACACAGGUAAAACAA